GUGCUGCCCUGCCACCAAACCCUGUUUUUCUCCCUGAUUGAGUAGCUUUUAAUCCUUCUUCUUGCUUCGCACAGAGUCUCCUGUCUGUUAUAACUUAUAAAUAAUAAAUUAUUUGUUCGAACUUUUUGAAACCAGCCGGAGUCUUCUUCUUGCUUCCCACAGGUUCUCCUGUUUGUUAUAAAUACUGCACCACUCACAUUCUUACACUCGUAUCCAUUUAGUACUCUCAGAGAGAAAUCAUGGAAGCCAGAAGAAACACAAUUAACGUACUAAUGUUGCCAUGGCUAGCCCAUGGACACAUUUCUCCAUUUCUAGAAUUAGCCAAAAGACUUGUAUACAGAAAUUUCCAUAUCCAUUUGUGUUCGACUGCUGUAAAUCUCACUUCAAUCAAGAAAAAAAUCCCAGAAAAAUUCACUGACUCAAUCCAACUCGUUGAGCUAACUCUUCCUUCUUCCCCUGAACUACCUCCACCUUACCAUACUACGAAUGGCCUACCACCCCACCUCAUGACAACCCUCAAAGAAGCCUUUGAGGAAUCAAGCCCUAAUUUAUCUAACAUUCUCGAUACUGUAAAACCCCAGAUCGUUAUGUACGACUAUAAUCAGCCGUGGGUGGCGGAACUGGCUUCUUCCCGUGGAAUCUCGGCGGUGCAGUUUCUAACAGUUGGUGCAACAAUCGCUUGUUAUAAUCUUUUCAUGGAUCAAAAACCAGAUGAAGCAUUUCCGUUUCCAGAGAUUUAUCUAAGGCAGUUCGAGAGAAUUAAGAUUCAAGAAUUAUGCGAGUCACAAGUGGGCAAUGUUAAAGAGAGUGAUCGGGCUUUCGCUGCUCUGACAAAAUCAAAGAAAAUCGUUCUUAUCAAAACUUCUCGAGAGAUCGAGGGAAAAUAUAUAGAUUUUAUGUCAAUUUUAUGUAACAAAAAGAUUGUCCCUGUAGGCACACUUGUUCAAGAUCCUGUGAUUGAAGACGAAAAUAAGGAGAUAAUGGAAUGGCUUGACAAGAAGGAGAAGAAUUCAGUUGUCUUUGUUUCGUUUGGCAGUGAAUAUUUUCUGUCCAAGGAAGAGAGACUUGAAGUCGCAAAGGCACUUGAGCUUAGCCAGGUUAACUUCGUGUGGGUUAUCAGGUUUCCUCUGAUGGAAAAUAUAAAGAUCGAAGAGGCACUGCCACAAGGAUUUCUUGAAAAGGUAGGAGAUCGAGGUCUCGUCGUGGAAGGUUGGGCGCCACAAGCCAAAAUUUUAGGCCACCCGAGCAUUGGUGGCUUCGUCAGUCACUGCGGAUGGAGUUCUACACUGGAAAGCAUGAAAUUUGGUGUCCCAAUAAUCGCCAUGCCUAUGCAAAUUGACCAACCAUUUAAUGCAAGAGUUGUGGAAGCCAUUGGAGUAGGAGUGGAAGCUUUUAGGGAUGAGAAUGGGAAACUUCAAGAUGAAGAGAUUGCAAAAGCGAUAAGGAAAAUUAUUUUGGAUAAAAGUAGAGAGGAAAUAAGAAAGAGAUCAAAACGAGUGAGUGAAGACUUGGAUAGGAGAGGAGAGGAAGAGAUUAAUGGAGUGGUGGAAGAGCUUGUGGCACUUUGUGUGGAGAAAAUUGGUCAGUUCGAUAUGAUCAAGUAGAUUCUAGUCCUUUUUAUUCGAUAUACUGUAAGGACUAGCCUAUGGUUUUUACUGGAAUACUUGUGAUCCGUUUUUAUGUAGAAAUUUUGAGAAUUGUGAUGUGUGAGAGUGGCGGUGGGGCCUAUAUUUGGUGUAGGUGAGAUUUUUCAUUAGAAAAUUCACCAUUGUUCUUUUUAUUUUUUCAAGUUUACAAAAUUUAAGAUUUUAUCAUUGUAACAUUA